AUGAGGCACACGCUAGCUCGGUUUGGCGAGUGCAACCCAGGAUCCCGAAUGAGCGUAGCCGGUAGAAAUGGCUCUGUUGCGAUGCCCACAGCUGAAGCUGCUGCAGCUGUAUACACUCGGUUACUCGCAGCUUGGCGUGAGAAGUGCGUCGCUCUCAUGGUUCAAGCACAAUCAAGUAAACUAGUAAACGAGGCUCAAUUUCAUGAAUACCGACGACAAGAAACCGAGACCAGCGAAGAGCUUAGGCGCUGCGAAGACAAAGUCGAGAUGUGGCAGCAGCGAGCGGCAGAUUUUGAAGCUCAGCGUGAUCUGGAGGUGGUGGCUACACGACAAGCCGAAGCUCAGCGAGCGCAGGCUAAUGCUAAGGCAGUGCAGGCAGUACGAGGAAUGGCUUUGGAGCGCGAAAAACUGCAAAAACUGGCUGAGACUGUGGUUCUAUUCACUGGAGGUCUAGUACGUGAUAAAGUGGAGCAGCUGCACAGCGGAUCUGCGAGGCUACAAGCGUUCGAGCGACGACUAUUAUACGUCAAGGAACGAAUUGGAUUGGCAUCGACGCUGGUGACUCAUCGAGAGACCCGACUGCGGAACAGUGAGGCUGCACUGGAGGCAGAACGACGAGUAUGGGCACAUCGACUGGAGCAGAUGCGCAACCUGAGACUACAGAACCAAGAGACGAAAAACGAGAACGGUGGUGAUAUUGCCAACGUAGCGGUGCGUCCACCGGCAGACGGGAAAAUUUUGAGACCAGCAACAGAGACAGCACUACGCGCUUUGUUCCACCGUCUUGACGCUUAUGGCGCUGGCCUAGUUCGGUCACAAGAGCUGGUUCAAGCUUUACGGCGAGGAGAUCCAGGUGUGCUUCGAGCUGUCGGAGGUCCCAAGAAGCUGUCGAAGCUCGUAUCUCAUGUCGAGGCAGCCAUCCGCAGGCUAUCCCAUGGAGGUGGUACGCUCGCAUGGGGUGAGUUUCUGCUAUUCUUCAUUCCAGAAAGUUCUUCAACUAGAGCAUGCUCUCUGUGCACUGCAGUUAAAAGCAGCGAGUUGCCGAGCUGGCCGUUCACUUCGCCAGCGCUAGAGACUCUGAGUCACGCAGAACUUGUUCAGCAGAAUACGGUGCUACUAGCAGAUCGUGAACGACUUCGGGGUUUACUUGCACGAGAUGCCCACGACUUGCGAGAUCGAGUGCGCAGUGUUCGUCGAGAAUGGGAAGCCAAGACCAGAGAACUGGUCCGCCAAAAAGAAAAGCUUCAACAAGAGCUAAACGAUCAAGCUGAGGCUCUGCAGAACACCCAGAAGCAGCACGAAGUAGCUGAGCUAGCGCGUGAUGAGACCCUACUGGAGAUCCGGAGACUGCGAGAGCAGCUUACAACGCAGGAGCAAGAGUUUGAGCUGCAGAAGAAGAAGCUGGAGGCUGAAAAUGCUGAACGGCUGCAACAUGAACAGGAUAUCUGGCAGACUGAGACCCAAGACGCUCGUUUGGCGCACUCGCUGCUUCAGUCUGACCACAGCAAGCAGCAAGUUCGCAUUCGACAGCUAGAAAGGGACUUGGCACGACAAAAAGAAGCUCUACUUGCCCACGAGACGGAGCGUGUUGCCAGCCUCGAGGAAAAAGUGCGUCGACGUGACGCAGAGCUGGCUCGGCAGAGAAGAGAACGCAACACCAUUCUGAGCUCCUUACGCGAACAGGAGCAAAAACUGGCAACGGCAACUAAGCCUACGCCUACUGAGUCCAUCGCAACUCAGACAGAGAUACCAGCUUCGAAGCAGAGGACAGUGGCGUCUCAAACGAAGCCAAUUAAACCAAAAGAUGAAGCUCUCGGCGGUCGAAUGAGUAUCAACGAAAUCUCGACGUUAAAUGGCGAUAGAAAUGCAGAUAAGAAGGCUCUUCUUGCUGCCACUACAGCAACCCAUCUGACCCCCGAAGAUGUGAAUCUACGGCUGCAAAAGUUGCAGUCUCUGACCGACAGCUUGCUAGCGGACUAG